AUGCAAUUUCAAGUUCUUUACAAGGUCGUGAUCCUUGUGUUUAUCAACAUCGCUUCGUUGUUUGGUAACAUACUGGUAUGCUUCAGCGUUUACAAAAAYMCCCGCYUAAGAACCAAGAUUGGGAUAGUGAUUCUUGCCUUAGCAGCGACUGAUCUUCUGUCAGCUCUUAUAAUCAUUCCUUUGUCAACAGCUUCGAUGGCUCUGUCCGAAAACAACAUGGAUUUAAUGCCGGAAUGGUUGACAAGCAACAARAACGGACCUUUAUGCUAUCUCCAGUGUUUUAUGGUGUAUACAUUGUACGGUAUGUCUCUAUUCCUAAUGGCAGAAGCUGCAUUUAUCAGGUAUCUUUGUGUUGUCCAUCCAUCUCUCUAUCGUCGCUACAUCACAAUCAAAACUAUUCUAGCAGCCUCGGGAAUCAACUGCUUAAUUGUUCUGGCCUUACAAGCCUCGGUGCUCGUGCCAGAAUACGCGGUUGCACGGUUCAUAUCAAAGAACAACCUGUGYAUGAUGUCUUUCCCGAAAAAAGAGCACAAGUCUAUAGAGGCAGGACUGUUAUGGACUAUAAUCGUCACCUGGUUUGUCAUUCCAGUUGCUGUUAGCUUUUUCAGCUACAUUGCGAUAUUUUGCAAGGUUAAAAAACACAACCGCAGCAUCCAUAUCACAUCGAAAAGUUUAGAUAAGAAAGGUGAAAAAAAGAGAAAAUCCACAAAAUCUACUGCAGAUAUGGAAAGCAAGAAACAAGCGAUUGCAGAMGAUGGAAAACCAGAAACACAAGAUGGAGAACAKUUAGAAAAGUWCGAUAAUAAUGUUUGCCUUUCCGCCAAUAGGGAUAMAAAACCUCUGAGUCACUUCUUGGAGAGGCAUGACYUGUCACAGGKUGGUUCUUCACAUGUGCACAUCCGUAGGCAAGGCGAYYACACCCAUAGCGASGAURUUCACAUACAAGCGACGAAUGAUAAUACUAUUAUUGACGACACUCGUGUCACUAGUAUGGGUGACAAAGGUAAACAUUAUGCCAAAGUGUGUGGUAGAAAAAGACAUCUGAACAGCAGAGAGAAAAUCGGUAGCAUGUGUGAGGACAAUCUACGUGAAAGGAAUAUUCACAUCCCUCUAAAAGGAAAAAUGCUUGUGAUGGAAACAGAAUCAAGCCAGAGUCAAACUGUAGAAAUCACAUCCAUGGACAAAAUUCAAGAAARUAAAAUUCAUCAGGUCGACAGCGGGACCUGCUCCUCCCAAAAUGACGUCAUGACAAGUAUUUCAAAUCAGUACAAAACUCAAAGAAGCGAAGCCAAAGUAACCAAGACAGUCAUGGCUGUGUUCGCUGGGUUUCUAUGCUGUUGGUUGCCUGCUGUAGUGGAUUUUGCUAUUGCUCAAACACAAAAGUUAGGCUCCUAYCACGGCCUCGUGAUUCCCAUUUGUUGUGCUCUUUCGUCGGCCGUGAACCCCUUYAUUUAUGGCGUCGCUGAUCGAAGGUUUCGACAAACGUACAAAAAGAUACUCACUUGUAAGAACGUCUGA